UCCAAGCUAACGUUAGAGCAAAGCGGCUCGUUUGGCUGCCCUGAAAAGCGUUAAUAUCGCCUCAACUGAAAGGAUCUAUUCACUUUAAAACAUACAACAGAACAAAACACAACACGCAUAAAAGAGUGAAGACGUCUCAGUUUUCAGCUCACGGUUGGUCCCCCUCUGCGUGAUCGCAGCCUCUGUGGGCUGCGCAGCCAGAUGACCAGCAGACCUCAUCUCUCAUCAUGAAUCCUGUCAGCUACCAUAGCAUGCUGUCGUCUGUGAGCGGUGGACACCCCAAUCUGGUCUUGGAUCGUGUAUUAAGCACUUCAAACUUGAAGAGUUGUCAGAAAUGUGGAUUUGCUUCUGCAGACGCAGCAGAGUUCAAGAAGCACAUGCUCGAGCACAGAGGGCUGACGAGGUUUUACUGCUUUUACUGCAACAAAGUGUCAUUCAGUGAGGCAGAGUUAAACGCUCACCUGAAGCAACACAAUUCAACGUAUCCGUUCAAGUGUCCGCACUGUGGACAGGGCUACAUGAGGAGGCUGUGCCUUGUGAAACACAUUGACCGUUUGCACAGUAAAAGCAUCAGUCAAGUUCCUGCUAAGCCAUGCACGAUAAAAAAUCCACAUGUCUCCAGUGCCUUAUCAAGUGUGCCCACUGCUGAUCCAUCACCACUUCGACCAGCUGUUCGGGUGACGGUGCCCCCUCUGAGUACACCUGCAGUCAGACUGGGUAAAGAUGAACAGAGAGGGAAAACACUGGAAACACACACAUCACAUGGCACCAACGGUAACACAGAACUUUUGCCCCCUUUAAAUGGAGUCAUUCAGCAGAACAGAGCUCUGACAGUUUCUCUCCCAGAGGAGGUAACGAUCCCCGCUGGCUGUUUGGUUGAACUUGUCGAGGUGAAAACUGUCAACGGGACAAAGGAGCUAAAGUUAAGGCUCGUCUCCCAACAAGAAAACGAGUCCGUGAUAAAAGACACAAGGACUGCGGUCUCUCAAAACACUGCAGCGGGAAAGCCAUUCUUAUCCAUGUUAAACCAUCCAAACACGGUAAAGUCUGCGAGCAUGGGGAUGUGCAGCGUCAACAGGAAACAGUGUGAUACAAAGACUGUGAAUGUGGAGCGUCCUGCUGAGCGCUCAGGCAGUGUUUCCAAAAGCAUCCCGAGUCAAGUUAGCAAAGACAAAGGUGGAUUAAAAAGAGCAUCGCAAGAAGUGAUCAACUUAGAAAGCCACCCAGUCAUUCCAAACAAGGUCCCCAAAAGCAUCCUGAACCCUAUAAGAGAAGGAAACAGCGGAGUUAAAGUUACACAGAGAGAACCUGUUAAUCACAAUGCAGCUCUGCCGUCUGUUAUCUCCAACAGGGCCAUCAACAGGUUCACACGCACCCUGCAUCCAGAAAACAUGGGAGCGUGUGUUUCUCAGAGGGCGAUAGAUGACAGGAAGAGUUUAAUUCCUGAGCAUUCCAAGAGCAUCCCACCCAGGAGAGCGACUGACCUAAAAAUCUCUGCAGAUAACAUGUCGGUGGCUGUUAAGGUGGAACCAGGGGAGAUGAAAAACAACACGCCUUCAAAAAUAAAGAAAGAGGCGCUGGAUUUGAACCAGCAAAAAUCUCCUGCCUUGAGUGUUCUCUUAGGUGCACCUCCCCAAGUGAGGCCUCCAACGACUUUGGUUUCCAAGGAUAAUGUUGCAAAGUCAUCCUUUUCAAUACCCAAGACUCUAAAUGAGCCGCCCGCAGUCAGAAAACCGGUGCUUUCCAACCGCACAAAUUCAAAAAUGUCGGCUUGGACCCAGGAAGUCAGAUCCAAUGCCGGAGAAGGAGACAUGCCGGAGCCUGAGGGGUUUCCCGUCAUCUCGUCUGUGUUUUCUUUGAGUCAACAACCAGAGGACGUCCAAGGCAACAUGCAACCUCUUGUAAUGGCUCUGCGCGGUAUAGUGAUGGAUAAAAGUAACAACUCCAGUAGUACAACACAAGAUCACGUCAAGAUAAGAAACAGCACAGAGCAGGUGAAGGAGGUGCCAAAGAUGAGGUUCUGUGCUCGGAUGGCCACAAAAGAUGGAUCGAUCAACGGCAACCUUGUAUUGACAGAGCAGACCAAUGAGUCUGUGAAAGUGGAGGAGCACGAUAAAGGUAUUCAGCACCCUCCUGUACCGACCAACAACCACAUCCAUGUCAAAAAGGAAAAGAAAAGCAUUAAGCCAACAGACAGUAAGGAAUGCAGUAACACUCCUGCUUCCAUAUCUUCGACAUAUGAGGAUUCGGUUUCCACGUGUGUAAAUGCUCCGGAGUCUCUGCAGCAAUCGGCAAAAAGUGAGCAUGACAUCUCAAAGUUCCUCACCGUGUCUCUGAAAAGGGUUCAACUUGGCAUCUGGAAAAAAAGCAAAAAGGGAUUGAAACUUAGGAUAUCCAAAUACAAGACUCAGGUACCCAUGAGAAGUCUUUCAGAUUGCACUGUUAUUUACCCAAUGCCGCUGAAGGUGGACCAGCUGGUGAAACGACCGGGCCCCAACCAGCCUGUGGUGGUGCUCAAUCACCCAAAGCCCCGGGUGUCCGGUCAGGGAGCGAGGGUGGACUCUUUAGCGAAUGCCCCUGUGGUGGCUCCAAAGUGCCAAAUCUUAAAAAUGAGGCUGAGCAAAGUGAUGGGGCAGAAGUAUGAGGUGAUGGGGUGCACUGUCGGAGUCUUUCCUUGAACGCAUUAGUGGAGAGAAGUGUACAUUAAUGAGAACUAGCACUACAAUGGGAGGAUGCUGACUUAAAAAAAGACAAAAUAUUAGGGCAGUUAUUUUCUUUAAAGAAGCAUUAGAUUUAAAAAGAACGGACAUCUGCUUAUCACUGAACUUUGUGUUAUAUGUUUAUACAGGCAUGGGAUAUGGAUUACUUAAGUGCAAUGAUAUGAAAAAUGGACCAUCUGCUGUAGUUGAUUGCAGUCAGUGAUACACAUGUUAAGUACUGUUUAAGAAGUUUGAGAAAGCAGGCAAUUUGUCAAGAGUUGAGGCGAAAAUGCAUGCUGUUCACUUUAACAUAUUUGCAUCAGUAUUGUUUUGCAGUUCAUCUGGCUCCUGCUAGAUACACCCUGAAUUUGAUGUGCAACACCUGAGUUUUAAAAUCAUUGUGUCCUUACCUGCUCAGGAUGUUUAAAAUGCCAUUAAGAUGUGGGACAUGCACAGCUCCCUAUUUAACAAUGGAAACGAGUGGUGAAUAUUAAGGAUAUACUAUGCAGGAUUUUCGUAAUCUGAGUACAGACAGAGCAGCAGAACGUCAGGCGCAUUAUAUGUCAAAGUCAACCACUCAUUGUGUUGAGUCUAAAAGUUUGCAUUCACUGGCAGCAGCUGCUCCUCUCGCCAUUGAUCUGCCUACCCGCCUGCGCUGUGCUCACAAACCCAUUUGUGGGUGUUUACAAAUAAUAUCCAACAAUCCUGCACAGUAUAACUUAAAGUAAUGAUCAAAUGUUAUGUGAGAUGUCAUUUCUUUUGGGUGAAACCUCAUAUUAAAUUUUUAGCACAAAUAUAUACAUUGAAAAAAUGCCUUGUGCCAGUAUAAACCCCCAUUUUCUGUUGUUAAAACCAGUCCACGGCGAGGGACACAAGGCACUUACAAGCCUAUAAAAAGUUUUACUUCUUGGACAGUGUCCCUGCUUUCUUCAUUUGUUGGCGAAAACAGGUUGUUAUAUACACAGAUGCUGCAUCCUAAUUCAGGAGCUGCAUCCAACAAGUCAGCACUGUACAAGUGGUGAAUAAGGCCCGUCCGAUAUCAAAUGCUAAAAGAGAAAUGCUGCUUUGUUUGAGCUCACAUGCAGUAUCAUAAGCCCCUUUUACACACAGAUUGCGUCAUAGAGCCGCUAUGAAGUCCCUUUUUUACAUUGCCUUUUCAUUUUUACACAGAACCAAAACACAGCAGCAUUAUCCCGCUCUAGUGUGUAAUUUUAAAUAGCCUGCUGGCAUCGUGGAAACAAGAGAGGCAUUUAACACAACCACAUCAGACUCCAUUGUGACAUAGAACAUACGUACAUGUCAGCGGCGUAACGUGUCAAGUACAAACAUUUAGCGUCUCUGUUACUUGACCAUUGAUCUCGUCCUCUGCUCGAAUGGUAAGGAGCUCCAGAAUCUCAUUGUUUUUCGGAUUUGUGGACUUUUAUGGCUCCCAUGGUGGGUCGCAUGUGUAACACGCUAUCAAAAUGAUACACCUGUCACGCCCAUGAUAUCAUCCUGCCGACAGAGAAAGUAUAUACAGAUGGGCGAGGCAGCAUAAUGGCACAAUAUUCCCGCCUUGGAACAGUCAGUGUAAAAGGGACCAUAUGUGUAUCUUUCAGCAUUGGCCAGAAGUGUAGUGGUGCAUUCAGGCACUCUUUGCAAACUCUUACAUUUGGGAGAUAUUGCAUGUCAUAUUCUCCACACGGUCAUCAGUCACUGGUAAAUUCAUCAGAUUAACUGGACCAGUAAAAAAGACACGUAUAGGUGUAAAUAAUGGAAGCUGGGGAUGCACACCACUGUUUAUCAGUUUGAAUGUGUUGUAAAUCACCCGAUGUUGCAGAGAAACGGACGAAACGUUUGAGUGCCGUCCCUCGUUUUGUGUGAAGUGAAAUGUCACAGCUGUACUUUAAACUUGGAAUGUGCCCCAGCUUCUCACACCAGUUUACCACUUUGCUGGCCAUACUUGGUGAUACACGUUAAUGUUUUUGAUUUUAUCUGCUGGCGACCAGUGCCUGAGAGUUUGAGAGUUUUUGUGUCUGAGAGACCGGAGCUAAAAGCUUAAGUUUUGACAAUACUAAUAUUCCAGAUGGAUUAAAAAAAAGUUAAUUCAAAGAAGUAUUCUGCAUUUUUAUUUACACUUUCAGUCUUAUUUAAAUCUGAAUUUCAGGAACACAGUGUAAUUUUUAUUAUUUUUACCACAUUAGGUGUUAGUUUUCUUAAAAUGCCAAUGUGUAAUUCAUCACAUAUAUUUUGUAAUUAACUUAUUGGAGGCCCCAGAAACAAGUGUUAAUGCCAUGUUGAGUGAUUGUAAUUCCUUGUGCCCUACAUUUUGCUCCUUUUUUAAAAAAAAAAUAAUGAAAUAAAUGCCAUAUCAUCCAUGUAUAGCCUCUUUGCAGCUUUAAACAGAGGUGCAAGAUGGAGCAGACAAAAGCAGCUGGUUUAUUACUGUAACAGAAAGACACGUUUGUGUUUUAUCUUAUCUGUACAUACAAAGUGACUGUGGUGAUUCUGGGAACCUGUUAAAACUUGUAUGAUUUUCAAAAAGGACACUUUGCAGAUCCGUUGCUCUUCCUACGACUGCAUAUCAACACUCUUGUCUAUAAUGUAACCAAGAUGUAUCAGGUGCUAGACCUAUGAUCCUAUGUAAAGGUUUUGGUUGCCCAGUUUUUAUCGUGUAUAUAUGUUUCAAUCACCCACAGAUUCUAUUGUGUAUAUACCUAUACAUCUAAAAUGUGAUAUCUGUUGUUGAUACUCAGUAGGGAAUGGAUUACAUUCCACAGCCUCUUCUGCAGCAGCAGUAAUGUUGUGCUUUAUUAUCCUAACACUGCAGUGUCUGAACCUGCCGUGUUGUUUUUGUUUUAUAAAUAUAUAUAUAUAUAUAUAUAAUUAUAAUUAUUUUAAAGGUGUUUAGGGUGUGACUGUUGUUUCUGAAUGUUUUUACUUUGCCCUUCAUUCAGUCCUCAUGCGUGUUAG